CCGCGGGCUCGGAUCAUGGCGGUGCCGCGGAUCCUGUGGGCAGCAGCCCCCCGGCUCUACAGCAGCCUCCCAGCCCCGGUGCCAGCCCCAGCCCCGGCCCCAGCAGCCCGUUCCCCCGGUCCCGGUGCGGAUGACAGGCUGCUCACCGAGCCUCUCAGCCAGCCCGACUUCUUCAACGUGAAGGAGCUCUUCUCCCUGAAAGAUCUCUUCAAUGCCCGGGUGCACCUGGGGCACAAAAAGGGAUGCCGGCAUAGGUUCAUGGAGCCCUACAUCUUCGGCUGCCGCCUGGAUCAGGACAUCAUCGACUUGGACCAGACGAUGGAUCAUCUCCAGCUGGCCCUCAACUUCACCGCCCACAUCGCCUACCGCAAGGGCAUCAUCCUCUUCGUCAGCCGCAACCGCCAGUUCUGCCACCUGGUCGAGAGCACGGCGCGGGAGUGCGGGGAGUACGCGCACACGCGCUACUGGCAGGGCGGCCUGCUCACCAACGCCCACAUCCAGUUCGGGUCCGGCGUCCGCCUGCCCGACCUCCUCAUCUUUCUCAGCAGCCUCAACAACGUCUUCGAGCCCCAUGUGGCCAUCCGGGAUGCUGCCAAGAUGAACAUCCCCACGGUGGGGGUGGUGGACACAAACUGUAACCCCUGCCUCAUCACCUACCCCAUCCCUGGGAACGAUGACAGCCCCACCGCCAUGGAGCUCUACUGCAAGCUCUUCAAGAUGACCAUCAUUCGUGCAAAGGAUUACAGGAAGCAGAGGGAGGUCUUCCACGAGCUCCAGAGCAAAGCGGAAGGCAAUUAGAGCAGCUUCGUGCUGGCCGAGGGACAGGCGUGACUGUGCCCAGCAGUGUGGCGCAGCUCCCAGCUGGAGACAAGGGUCCUGCUCUGCUCCCAUGGGUGCUGCACCCACAGCAUCGCUCUGGUCCUGCACCCAGAGCACCAGCUUUAAGCAGAGCAGUGCUGAGGGACGUCUCCAGCUCAGAAACAAUUUGGCUGGAGCGUUCCGAGGGGAGACGGAGCAGGGCCAGUCUCAGCUCUGUCCUUGUUUGGCCCUGUUGCAAGGAGGCACAUCUCUCCUGAGGCUGUCCUGUUCCCGAGCUAAUGGUCUGGCAUGAAACCACGCGUAUCGUGCACCUCUUUAUGUGACAAAUAAAGGGCUUUGAUCCUU